ACGACUGAGUGCGGAUCGCCGCCGCUAUGCAGUAUUGUGCAGUCGGUUCGCGUAGCUUUCAACCGAGCUUUGAACAGACAACAGGUAGAUGAGAAUCAUGCGAAUCUCGAUGAGCCAACAAAAGGGCAAUUAAAGGAAAUAAUCCCCGAAGUUUAUAACGGACCCGAACCUAUCAUUGAUGAUAAUUAUUUGUCUUAUAUCCGUGGCCAGGUGUAAAGUGACCUGUCACAUGUCUGCGGAUAUUGAUUAUACAUUGGCAUAUGGAACCUAUAAUUUAACGCCGGCUCCGAACGGCAACAUUUUUAGAGAGGUUUUUAUUAGAACGCGUAAAGGUCUGUCGCGAUAGCGAGAGACGCAAGAAGCACGCGGUAGCCAAUCAACGUGCAGUUUUCCAUAAGAAAUAAAAGUUAAUUGGCCAUCGCAUCGUUUUUCGCUGCACGGCGAGGGCUUCCACAUUCUGUGUGUAGGAGUCAUUAAACACGUUGAUCUUUAGUUCACAUAAAAAUUUGAAUAGAAGGUUGAGUACGUGUCGAAGGAUCAAUUGACAUAUUUAACUUCGUACGCUAAUUACCACUAGAUAUUUCUUAUCAACGAGUGUUUGAUCCUGUCAGUAUAUGGCAGUGGGCAGAUUCCUCAGUGCUGUGGUGCAUUCUAGCUGCUGUUUGAAAAGCCAGUACAACUUUUAUAGAACUGCUAUGACUUCCUUGCUGGUUCCUCCGAUGUCAGUCCGUGGAAUGACUUGCUUGGAUCGUGACGCAUUUACAACAGUCGUGAACAUACCGAUAUUAAAAUUGAUGAAACUACUAUACGCCGGAAUGGAUCAGUAUACGGCAAGCUUGAUUGUUGUGGGAAGUGAAAUUUUGAACGGACAAAUCGUUGAUACCAACACGUCGUAUCUGGCAAGAAGUUUGAGAACUGUCGGGCUGAGUUUGCAGAGAGUCACAGUGGUUCCCGAUGUAGUGGAUGAUAUUGCUAAGAGAAUAAGAAGUGCCUCACAGGAAUACUCUGUUGUAUUCACAUCUGGUGGUGUUGGUCCUGCCCAUAAUGAUGUAACUUACGAAGCUGUGGCAAAGGCUUUCAGAUUGAAACUCGAAUCGCAUCAGGAGUUGGUCGACAUGUACUCUCGGAUGAAUCCUGAUCAGCAAGAGAUAAGACGACUCGCUGUCGUUCCUAAGCCUUGCAAGAUAAUUAAUGUAAAUUCUACAGAGGUUUUCCCAGUGAUAAGUGUAAAAAAUACAUACGUGCUGCCUGGUUCUCCCAAAUAUUUCGAGGCUGCGGUGAACACGAUAGUUCCUCAGCUAAAAGGACGCACGCCAUUGCACCUUGAACAUAUAAAUAUCAAAUCAAAUGAACUGUCUAUAGUGAAUAUAUUAGAUAAGCAAGCGAAGCGCUGGGACGGCAAAGUGAGAAUCGGUAGUUACCUCCAACUGGAACCACAGACUUUUACGAGGGUCACCUUGGAGGGAUCGAAGGAAGCGGUGGCCGAAGCGAAGGAGGAGAUCUUGUAUUAUCUACCAGUGCAGAAACUCGUGAACCUGGAACACGGGUUGAGUCGUUUUCAAAUGAACGCCCUUCUCGAAGAUGAUGAAGUAUACGUUAAGUGUGCGUUAGACAUAGUAAAGGAAUGCUACGAUAGAUAUAAGUCCGAUGAGGUUUUUAUAAGCUUUAACGGCGGCAAGGACUGCACAGCGGUCUUGCAUUUAGCUGCCACCGUUGCCAAGUCGCGCGAUAUCUCGCCGUUGCUCUGUCUGUACGUGACAGCGGACGCCUUUCCGGAGGUGGAGGCGUUCGUAGAAUUAGCGUCUCGGUACUACGAUUUGACGAUAGUAAGGAAACCACGACCCGUGCGAUCCGCGGUGUCGGCUCUUCUGGAAGAGAGGCAUAAUCUGAAAGCGAGUCUCAUGGGUACGAGGAAGGGCGACCCCGGCUCGGCGAAUCUGCAAUCAUUCGAGCUCACCGACCCGAACUGGCCGCGGCUGAUGCGCGUUAAUCCCAUUUUAAAUUGGUCCUACAGUCAAGUGUGGUCGUUCCUGUUGAAGCACAACGUUCCUUACUGCCCGCUCUACGACCAGGGAUACACGAGUCUCGGCAGCAGGAGCAGCACGAUGAAGAACCCCUUGCUGAAGGACCCCAACGAUCCCUCGUCCUACUUACCGGCGUACACCUUGACCGACAAGUCCGCCGAGAGAAGAGGCAGAUUAUGAUGAAGCAUCGA